UUGUUAGGUGAAUAAGUAUUUUUUUUUUUAAUGAAAAAGUAUUGGGUAUCAUGAGUCUGUCAAUUUUUGACAAUUUAAUUAAUAAUUUUAAAUUAUUUUAAUAAAUUUGAAUAAUAAGGAUUAUGUUGAAUAACCGUCCACAAGGUCACUGUGAUGUAAUCAGUAUCCAUCUUUCUCCUAUUAUCACAACAUCUUCUUUCUCGCCAACAGUGCUGCUUUGCUGUCGUCGCUGCAGUGCGCUCUCGUCACAGCUGCACAACUACUAUGCAUCAGUGCGCGGCCGUUUUGCUCCGGCAGAAACUUUUAUCGUACAGGUUGUGGUCAUCUUCUUCGCCAGGUGCCGAUUCGCUGCCAUUGUGGUGCGUUGCCGUUUGAACCGCAAUAACCAAUGCGUCGCCAGUUCAUUGGUACGCUGCUGUUUCGUGACGGUGAAACCUGUUAUCGCGAAAACUCGUGUGUGUUUCAUCACCCGAUUGCCAUCGAAUGCAUAUCCUUCGACACCGCAAACAAAAAUCCCGCAUCUUUCGACGGCUUUGUUGAUGGAACAUAUAUUUGGAGAAGAAGGAAUGAAUGCAUCAUUCAUUGAUGAAGUGUCUUCUUAUGCAUGUGUCUUGUACAGCAAUGGCGGCACUCAGAUACACUUCCGAAGAUCAGUGGUUGCUCGCCGACGAAAGUGCAGGCGGCACUGACCAUUGUUGACACCGGUGAUGGAAACAUGUCCAAGGAAGGAGGAGGGAGGUCAGGAAGGGGAAGCCGCCGGAUUUGGGGGGAUGAGGCUGGACUUGAAAAGUGAAAGAUAGAGUUAAUUAUGUUUACUAGUGGUAAUUAAUGGUGAAUUAAAUUUACCGAUUAGACGUGUUUUUUUUUUAAAUGGGCUUUGGAGUCCCCCCAAUAGAAAUUGGACGGAAAU